CCCCGGAGGCGGCACCAGGAAGCGCCCGCCCCGGCGGGAGCCGCCAUGUAACCGGCGCCGCCCGGAGCCCGAGCCGCGCGGGCCCCAGCGACCCGCCCGCCAUGGGGGACGAGGAUGAGGACGAGGGCUGCGCGGUAGAACUGCAGAUCAUCGAAGCCAACCUGACCGGACACGAGGAGAAGGUGAGCGUGGAGAACUUCGAGCUGCUCAAGGUGCUGGGCACGGGAGCCUACGGGAAGGUGUUCCUGGUGCGAAAGGCGGGCGGGCACGACGCGGGGAAGCUGUAUGCCAUGAAGGUGCUGCGGAAGGCGGCGCUGGUACAGCGCGCCAAGACGCAGGAGCACACGCGCACCGAGCGCUCUGUGUUGGAGCUGGUGCGCCAGGCGCCCUUCCUGGUCACGCUGCACUACGCCUUCCAAACCGAUGCCAAGCUGCACCUCAUUCUGGACUACGUGAGUGGCGGUGAGAUGUUCACCCACCUCUACCAGCGCCAGUACUUCAAGGAGGCCGAGGUGCGCGUGUAUGGGGGUGAGAUCGUGCUGGCUUUGGAACACCUGCACAAGCUGGGCAUCAUCUACCGAGACCUGAAGCUGGAGAAUGUGCUGCUGGAUUCCGAGGGCCACAUCGUCCUCACGGACUUCGGCCUGAGCAAAGAGUUCCUGACGGAAGAGAAAGAGCGGACCUUCUCCUUCUGUGGCACCAUUGAGUACAUGGCCCCUGAGAUCAUUCGUAGCAAGACGGGGCACGGCAAGGCGGUGGACUGGUGGAGCCUGGGCAUCCUGCUCUUCGAGCUGCUGACGGGUGCCUCGCCCUUCACACUGGAGGGCGAGAGGAACACGCAGGCCGAGGUGUCCCGACGGAUCCUGAAGUGCUCCCCUCCCUUCCCCCCCCGGAUUGGGCCCGUGGCGCAGGACCUGCUGCAGCGGCUGCUGUGCAAGGACCCUAAGAAGCGAUUGGGUGCGGGUCCCCAGGGGGCACAGGAGGUCAAGAACCAUCCCUUCUUCCAGGGUCUAGACUGGGCUGCUCUGGCUGCCAGGAAGAUCCCGGCCCCAUUCCGGCCCCAGAUCCGCUCAGAGCUGGAUGUGGGCAACUUUGCUGAGGAAUUUACUCGGCUGGAGCCUGUCUACUCACCCGCUGGCAGCCCCCCGGCUGGGGACCCUCGAAUCUUUCAGGGAUACUCUUUCGUGGCGCCGUCCAUCCUGUUUGAUCACAACAAUGCUGUGAUGAUUGACGCGCUGGAAGCCCCCAGCGCUGGAGACCGGCCUGGCCGGGCAGCGGUGGCCAGGAGUGCCAUGAUGCAGGACUCGCCAUUCUUCCAGCAGUACGAGCUGGACCUUCGGGAGCCGGCUCUGGGUCAGGGCAGCUUCUCUGUGUGUCGUCGCUGCCGCCAGCGCCAGAGCGGUCAGGAGUUUGCAGUCAAGAUCCUCAGUCGCAGGCUUGAGGCGAACACGCAGCGCGAAGUGGCCGCCCUGAGGCUGUGCCAGUCGCACCCCAACGUGGUGAAUCUGCACGAGGUCCAUCACGACCAGCUGCACACGUACCUGGUCCUGGAGCUGCUGCGGGGCGGGGAGCUGCUGGAGCACAUCCGCAAGAAGCGGCACUUCAGCGAGUCGGAGGCGAGCCAGAUCCUGCGCAGCCUCGUGUCAGCCGUGAGCUUCAUGCACGAGGAGGCGGGCGUGGUGCACCGCGACCUCAAGCCCGAGAACAUCCUGUACGCGGAUGACACGCCCGGGGCGCCGGUGAAGAUCAUCGAUUUCGGGUUCGCGCGACUGCGGCCGCAAAGCCCCGCCGGGCCCAUGCAGACGCCCUGCUUCACGCUGCAGUAUGCCGCCCCUGAGCUGCUGGCGCAGCAAGGUUAUGACGAGUCCUGCGACCUUUGGAGCCUGGGCGUCAUUCUGUACAUGAUGCUGUCGGGGCAGGUGCCCUUCCAGGGGGCCUCAGGCCAGGGCGGGCAGAGCCAGGCAGCCGAAAUCAUGUGCAAGAUCCGAGAGGGGCGCUUCUCCCUUGACGGGGAGGCCUGGCAGGGCGUGUCAGAGGAAGCCAAGGAGCUGGUCCGAGGGCUGCUGACUGUGGACCCCGCCAAGCGGCUGAAGCUCGAGGGGCUGCGGGGUAGCUCGUGGCUGCAGGACGGCAGCGCGCGCUCCUCGCCCCCACUGCGGACGCCGGACGUGCUGGAGUCCUCUGGGCCCGCGGUGCGCUCGGGGCUCAACGCCACCUUCAUGGCGUUCAAUCGCGGCAAGCGGGAGGGCUUCUUCCUGAAGAGCGUGGAGAACGCGCCGCUCGCCAAGCGGCGCAAGCAGAAGCUGCGGAGCGCAGCCGCCUCCCGCCGCGGCUCCCCCGCGCCUGCCGCCCCGGGCCGGGCCCCUGCCGCCAAGGGAGCCUCCCGCCGAGCCAACGGCCCCCUGCCCCCCUCCUAGCCCCACACCACUGUGACCCCUUCCCGGAGGAGCUGGGACCUGGCUUCUGCCAGCAGCUCCACCCCGUCCCCGGGAAUCGCCCCCUCCUCACCCUCCCGCACCCCACUCCCCGACAGAGCAGAAGUAUUUUUAUAAGCAGAGAAUUUUUUAUGUCUUACCAGAUAGAGUUAGGGGUGCAGGGAAGGGGGGCUGCCGGAGUGCGUGUCGCCGCCCUCUCCCAGACACUGCCUCACCUGGCGGAAGGUUCCGCCCAGGGGCUGCUCCAACUGGGGAGGGCUCCUCUCCCCGUUCCUACACGCUGGGUUGUCACUGGCGAGAAACUGGGACCCCUCCCUGUUCUCCCUUGAGGCGUGGCUUCUGGGAGGGGACACUCCUCAAGCUGUCACUUUAUGGACUGUCUGUGCAAUUAUGUCCACCAAAGACCUGUGUUGGGGGGAUUGAGGGAGAGACCCUGGGGCCCCCUGGAGCAUUUCUGCCUCACUUUAUGUCACCUGCUUCUCCCCUAUUGGGGCUAAGGAAGGAGGUAGGCGACCCUUAGAGGGGAGGCCCCUUUCUCACCCACCCUUUCCCCUUUUGCACAGCUGCUCCUGGCCGAGGGUGGGGCCGUGUGGGCUGGGCAUCCACUGUCACUGCCUCAGCCCAUCCAGGCUGUGCCUUUGACUUUAAAAUAAAAGUCCACCCAGUGCUGUGUGUGGCA